AUGACUUCUGGGUUCCGUCACUGGCAGGCCGCUUUCAAGGAAGUAGCAUUCUUUCCGGAUUUGAGCUGCGAUGUCCAUACAUCGAGUUUCCAACACUUGUCGGGAUGCUCGGGCGCGGCUUUCACAGAAGGCUCAUCAGACAAGACACUCCGUACUUCCCAGCACGAUUCACGACUCGCGUUGCUCAUACGUGGUCAUUUGCUGGACUAUCGGGAUAAGCUUCGCAGACAACGUUUGGAUGACGAGUUCGUGCCCGACCUCUGCCAGGCGACAUUGGGUUCGAUGGGCGCAACGGAGGUGACUAGCACUGAGUCCGGGGAUACUCACUCAAUCUUGCGUGUCACGUCGCCUCGCCAUCCUCCUCCAGCCCUCUUCAGCCCCACGAUGGCUUCGUGGGAGCAUCCAGCUGCUUUUGCAAUAAUGUUGCACAAGGCAAUGGGCGGAUCCUACGCCACCUACGCCACAAAGGAGGCAUUGGUCUUGAAAGUCAACGACAAGCGGUUUGGCACCCUGAACGAUGGCACGUCUGUCCCUGUGGUCGGUAGUGGGUACGUCUGCGGGUUGACAAUCUUUGAGCUCUUCGAACACCUGAACAUCCUGAGGCCUGAGGAAUCGUCGUUGCGAACUACGGAAACAAUCAACCUGACCACAAAGCUACUAGGACCUGUCGAGCUCGGCUUCGAUGUAUGGCUGGGAAAUAAUCGCGGGAACAAGUAUUCCAAGAAGAGCAACCACCACAACCCAAACAGCACCAAGUUCUGGAACUACAGCAUUGAUAACUUCGCCUGGCAUGACAUCCCAGAUUCGAUUGAAUACAUCCUAGACGUGACGAAGGAGCCGAGUCUCAGCUACGUUGGCUUCAGUCAGGGUACCGCGCAGGCCCUCGCAGCGCUGAGCAUUCAUCCGCAGGCGGCAGAAGUUGAAUGUCAAAAAUGCCUUGGCAAUACCGUCGACUUUGCGGGUGACAAAGCCUUUGGGAUGCGGUUCUCUUCUAAGUACCCUGGGUCAUGCAUCAAGCUUUCCCGAGACUUGUCGGGGUACUCGGGCGCGGGUGGCACUGCCGUUACCAAGGCUGUUACCGAAGGCUCGGACUAUACCAUGAAUCCAGUUCAAUAA